AUGCUAUACACCGCCUCAACCUUCCCUAACCCGUUCACAGACACGGAAAGAUGCACGUUCUCCUCUCGACAAACUCACUCGUGGUUUUGUGACCCAGAAAAGCUCCUUUCCCCCGAGGAGCAGGCAGAACUUGAAUCUGCACUCCUCAAAGUCCGAGAUCAGAGGGCGCAUUCAUGCGCGGAUGGUCAACUUCAUCAUUUCCAGGCACCGGUGGCUGUAGUGCCUUCGCUGCUGGUAACAGACACACAGACUGUACAGCAAGCGGCGGAUAGCAUGGCUAAUCAGCUUCUGCGACAAUGGGGCGUCGGCAACAAGCCAUGCCACGACGGUCUCCUAUUGAUGUUUGUAAAGAACCACUUGAUCGUAUCGCUUGCUGGGCGUGGUAAGCUGCGUGAACGCUUUAUCGGUAGAAAACUGUUCGUUUCCUUCCUCCGAGCAAGGCUCAAUCUGACUUACCUAACCUCUGGAUCCGUCGGCGCGGCCCUCAUCACAGGUGUGGAUUUAGUAGGCAGCCAGCUUCCUCAAGCACCAACCGGGCUCGGUUGGGUGGCUUAUCUUAUCAUCGGGCUAAUCGUGUGCUACGUUUUUUCGGUAGUGGUUGUGUACUACGUGCUAACUUACAGUCUCGGAAAAAGGUUCGAGGCCGGCGACUAA